AUGUUUGAGCUCAUCACGACUGUCUUCUUUUGGAUUGGCGUGCUUGCGGUUGUCCCGUAUGUGGCACUUGUUUUGUACGGUGCUUAUGGAUGCAAGGAACAAGACUUGAAGAAAAAGUAUAACGCCCAAUGGGCUCUCGUUACUGGUGGCUCCUCUGGUAUUGGUGCUGGUCUCGUACGCAAGCUUGCAAGUCAAGGUCUCAAUGUGGUGGUGGUUGCUUUGAAUGAUGCCUUGUUUGCCAAGUUUAAGGAGGACAUUGUCAAGGAGUUCCCCAACCAGGAAUUCCGUUUCGUGCCAUGUGAUUUGUCUGAAGCAACUGGCGAGACGUAUCUUGAAGCUGUCAAGAAGGAGACCGAUGAUAUCGAUGUGCAAAUCCUGUGCAACAAUGCUGGUUUCAUCACUACAGGCUGCUUUGCUGAUACAGCUGUUAAGCGUAGCAUGGCCAACUACCACACCAACGUCACCGCACCACUCGUCCUCACUCAUCACUUUUUGAAUCGCAUGUUGGAUAAGGGUCUUAAGGGUUUGGUUACUUUUACUUCAAGCAGUGCUGGAUUCAUUCCCAAUCCCAUGGGUGCUUUAUAUGCUUCCACCAAGGACUUUUUGACUACCUUUGCUGCAUCCAUUGCUGCUGAACAUGCUGAGGAUGGUAUCAACGUGUUGGUUGUGCAUCCCUCGCCUAUCGAUUCGAACUUUUACAGCAAUGCUGGCAAGAUGUCUGCUCUCACUUCGGCUCAAAAGAUCUCCUCUCCUCCUUCAGUGGUUGCUGAUGCUAUUUGCCGUAACGCUGGCAAGGUGGUAGUCACGGAUCAGGGUAUCAUUACUGUUUUGAUGAAGAUUGGUCUUACCAAGGUGUUGGAUUGGAACGUGCUUACCGAACUUAUGAAGAUUGCUAUUCCCUUCAAUGGCGAUUACAAGGCUAUGAAGGUGCGUCGUGAGAUCAAGCGCGAUUAA